UAACUUCAUAAAAGCUGAACUUCAUUACAUGAUCAGGGGAGUCUUUGAGUCAUUUUGCGACAGCGUGAAGUAUGCUUCGUUUCUUAACUUUCCUUUUUCUGUUUCUCUCUUGUAUUACUGUAUCAUUGAGUAAUAGACUAUGUUAUGGUACAUAUGAUACAAGUGAUAAUGAUGCAUAUAAUAAUGAUAACGGUACCUGUUCAUUCCAACCUCCACGUGACUACUGCUUCUUUGCAAUUAAUAACCAUAAAAUAGUUACCAGAGGCUGUAGUCAGAGAAAUCCAGGUGACAUUGGUACUUUAAUUUGUCUCAAUCACUGGAUAUAUGAUCCCAUUAAUAACAGAUCAUUAUAUUGCUGUCAAGGCAACUAUUGUAAUGAAUGUCCAGAUAUUGAGGAAUUAUGUGAGGAGUAUGCUCAAGUUACAAGUCUACUGAAUGUCACUAAUCCUCCUUCUGAAUGUAAUACCAAUCUUCUUACCUGUGCUUCUUCUAGUUCUAUCUCAAUGACUAGUACUCCUGGGAUUUCAUUGUCUCAAACCCCUUCUUCAUCAGUUACUGUGUCCAGUACACCCACCCCUACCCCCAAUGGCUUAUCACAGACGUACAUCGUCUUUAUUUCAGCCACAAGCACCUUUUUAUUUAUACUGAUACUGAUAAUUGUUGGGUUUUUUGUGUUCUCGUGUAUUACUCGUGGAAGGAGGAGAGAUCCUUCAGAUCACAUUAUAGAGAUCACUGACGUCUCUUCUUCUGGUGUCAGCAGCAGUCUAAGAGGGCCACGCCUUCUCCAACAGAGAACAAUGUCGCAUGAUGUGACAAAGAUCAGUGUCAUUGGACAGGGACGUUUUGGAAAAGUCUGGCGGUGUUCUUAUGAAGAGAAGCACAUAGCGAUGAAAGUCUUUAAGAAUAUGCACAUGGCUGUCUUCAAGAGGGAAGUGGAGAUCUAUGACACAUAUAUGCUGUAUCAUGAGAACAUACUCAGAUUCAUAGGCCACGAUCAAAUCGAAUUUGCUGAUACCAUAGAACUACGACUUUACACUGAGUAUCACGAAAAUGGAACUCUACAGGAUUAUCUAAAGUCCAAGCCUGUUUUUCAUUUUCCUGAAUGUCACCAAAUGGCCGUUUCUCUCUCAUCUGGACUUACAUAUCUACAUAAAACGAUAGUUGCUGGUAAAAUAAAACCUGGUAUUGCACACAGGGAUUUAAAGUCCAGUAACAUAUUAGUUAAAACAGACUACACUCUCUGUAUAGCUGAUCUUGGUUUGGCAAUAAAACAGAGUGAGAGUGGAGAUGGUGUUGACCAGAUACCUGCCAACAAGCUGUCAGGCACUAAAAGAUACAUGUCUCCUGAGAUACUAAAUGAGAGCUUAGACUAUGGACGCUUUAUAUGCUAUGCACAGUCGGACAUUUACUCCUUCUCUCUUAUAAUUUGGGAGAUUUUCAAUUGCUGUGAAAUUGACGGCGUCCCACGCUCUUAUCAACUGCCUUACUGUGAAUGGGUUCCCACAGAUCCAGAUAUCGAUCAAAUGAAACAAUGUGUAUGCGUGAACAAUAGAAGGCCUACCAUACCUGAUUCUUGGACAGAGAGUGAAACUUUGAGUCCUAUAGCGAAGUUGCUAGACAGUUCCUGGGCAACUCAAGCAUCAAGCAGAAUAUCUGCAUUAAGAAUAUCAAAAAUUUUAAAAGGAAUCGACUUUAAAAAAGAAAAGAUACAAAAUGAAUAAGUAUUAUUGAAAUAAACAGAACUAAUGUGAAAUGAAUCAAUGCUCAUCAAUUAUUAUCAUUAUUAUUAUUUUUCUUGUUGUUGUUGUUGUUGUUAUUUAUCAAUCUAUAUGGAAUGCUA